UGACUGACCACACAGACUGAGGUGGUUAACACACCACAGUGCAUUUUGCAUUGCAAAGAAGUGCACUUCUAUAAUGUAGGUCAAAGUAAAGUUUUAUCAAUACAUCGAGAGAGCAAGACAGAAAUUAGAAAGUAGGACUCAGAGUUUGUGAGUGAGAGAUCAAGCAGAUGAGAGGAGAACUGGUACUGUGAAGAAAUUAAGUCAGGUAUAGGGUGGAGGGAGAGAGGGAAGGAAGGGGUGGAAGGAACGACGGAGGACGAAAAGAGUAAGAUAAGCACAGUAGGAAAAGAAUGCAGAACUAAGAGAAGGGGAGGGUUAAAGGAGGGGCCAAACACAUGGCAAGGUUACACAUGAAAACCACAGCCUGUUUUCCUCUAUGACUAAAAAAGAAAGCGAGAAGUACAGAGAGGAAGCUUCAGUUUAGCCUUUGUCAUACGCAAUCACUUUGAAGACAAAUUAAAAACAGAGCGGGAGAGCUGAAUGUUGACUGAAAGAGGGACUACAUUCAUGCUACAAAACUGCAGAAGAAGGACUGAAAGCGAGAGAAAGGGAAUAUGACAGCAAUAAAAUAAACACGGAGGAUUGCUUACAAAUUGUGUUCCUGGACAUACAAAGAGUAACAACAAAAAGAAAAGGCGCUGUAAAGUUCAGGAGUGCAUCGCUGCUUUACGUCAGAGUUUUAUACGCUGACACCCAUCUGAAAAUUGGAAACAGAUAUUGGGAGUCUGUCUGAAAGACAAAGAAAGACGAGGAUAAAAACUAAUUUCAUCAACGUGAACCAUGCUGAUAAAGGAGUAUCGGAUAUGCAUGCCUCUUACUGUCGAUGAGUAUAGAAUCGGUCAGCUGUAUAUGAUCAGCAAGCACAGCAAUGAACAAAGCGGUGGAGGUGAAGGGGUGGAGGUCGUCCGCAAUGAGCCAUGCACAGAUCCCAAACACGGAGCCGGACAGAUCACAGAGAAACGAAUCUACCUCAACAGCAAAUUGCCAACCUGGAUGAGCAAGUUCAUUCCCAUGGUUUUUUACGUGACAGAAACAGCUUGGAAUUUCUAUCCUUACACCAUAACAGAGUACACGGUAAGUCACGCGUCAGCUCAGAUUCAUACAGUCUGCUGUGGGCUCACAUGCCCGCUGAACAUAUGACAUAAUCAACUUGCUUUGUCCUUCCCACUUUUCUCUCUCUUUCUCGGUUCGUUCCACAAGUGUUCCUUCCUUCCAAGGCUCAACGUCAAGAUUGAAACCCACUUCAAGAACGACAAUG